UUUUUUCUUCUUUUUUUUAAGGACAAACUCCAUCGAGAUUUUACAAUCUUGUAAAGCAAAAGAUUAUCAUAUAAAAUUGACUAAAAGAUAAAACAAAAUAUUAAUCGAAAGAAUGCAUACUCUUCCUUUGUCAUUCGGCCUGUUAACUUACGUUGGUUUUUGGCGACCAACCAAAUGGUCAUCGAAUUCUUUGAAAUAUUUCAUUUAUAACAUUUAUACGGCUCUCAUGGUAUUCUUGCUUUAUACAUUCGCAUUCUGUGGAUUCAUGGAUGCUCUGAUUGAUCAUAACUUGGAUAACUUACUCGAAAAGUUUUCACUCUUUAUAUCCGUAAUAGGAGUGUGUAUCAAAGUGACGAAUAUUUUAAUCAAUCGAAAGACUGUUAUUUCAGUUGCAGAUAUGCUUCUUAAGGAGAUAUGCAUUCCACGUGAUUCUAAGGAGCUGGCGAUUAAACAAAAGUUCGAUAAAAAUGCCAAGAUUAUAACAAUUUAUUGCGAAAUCUUGAACGAGACAACCGUCUUCUUCGCCACUGUCGCUCAAUUUGGUAAAUUCUUAGAAACUCGUACUUUACCACUUGCCAAUUGGACACCAUACGAUCGUACCUCGAGUAUCAUGUUUUGGAUGACUUUACUUCAUCAAUCCCUUGGUCUCAUGGUGUGUGCCAAUUCAAGCGUGGCGCACGAGACCAUAAUAUCCGGACUGAUGAUACAAAUUUGUGCUCAAUUGGAAAUACUCUGUUAUCGGGCAAGAAUAUUGCCAACGUUUCUGCAAAAGAUACAGAAAAAUUAUUCCUCUGAAGAGGAUCUUAAAAAAGUCGAAAAUAAAGUUAUUGGUGAAUUGGUCGAGUAUCAUCUUUACGUUUAUAAAUUUGCUAAAAAGGUCAACGAUGUGUUCACCUUCAUGAUAUUCAUGCAAUUUUCUAUAAGCUCUACAGUACUCUGCAUGAGCGUGUAUAAAUUAUCAACAAAAGAUGUGAUAAGCCUUGAUUUCCUUUGGACAUUUUUUUAUCUCGCGUGUAUGCUCACGCAACUCUUUCUUUAUUGUUGGUUUGGUAACGAAGUUACAUUAAGGAGUAAAAAAAUUGGAGACGCAUUUUAUGAAAUGGAUUGGACGUCAUUAAGAGGUAGAGUAAUUAAAAGUCUUAUUAUAGUAAUGGCACGAACAAAGAAAACUAUCGAAAUGAAUAGUGGAUAUAUAGUGAAACUCUCAGCAAAAUCGUUUAUGGUCAUAAUUAAGGUCUCAUAUUCCGCUUAUAAUGUUUUACAAACUUCGUCAUAAUAUAAUUCUUAUAUUUGCAAAUAUGUAUAUCAUGUGACGGUGUAAUUUAG